AUGGGUUCACAGCGAAGAGACCAUCUGCCAAAGGAAGACCCUAAUUACAGUACCAAACAAGAAAGCGACUGUCUUCGCGACCGAGUGUACGGAGUACAGGCAAAGCUUCUACCGCACAACCUGCCGUGUGUUACUCAUGACAACGUGAUAGGCGACGCGCGGCUCCUGGAGGACCUCGUCCUCGCCAACCACAUCCUCCACCACAACCACGUCGUGGACGCGCACGCGUUCGGGCACGUCUCCAUCCGCCACCCGACCGACCCGUCGCGGUUCAUCAUGUCGGCGAACAUGGCUCGCGCGCUUGUGCGCUCCGCGGCCGACUUGGCCGAAUACAACGUCGGCGACGCGCCCAACCUGCCCAUCGUGACGGGCCCCAAAGGGGCCUCGUGGAACGGUUGGGGGCCGCUUUCGCCGGCCAUUUCUCGUGGGGCAGGUCACCACGCCGACCUGCCGGAGCAGGCGGUCGUUCUGAUGCGCCGUCAUGGGUUUACGACGUGGGGGACGAGCUUGAAGGGGGCGAUCUACCGAGCCGUGUAUGCGACCAAGAACGCCAAGUUGCAGACGGCGGCGACGUUGCUGAGGGGUGCAUUUGACGCGGACCCGAAGAAUGCAAGGGGGGACUUGAAGGAUGGAGGGCCGACGGGGCCCAUCCAUGCGUCUGAGCCGCUGACGCAGGAUCAGGCUCGGGAUGCGAACAUCAUGAACUCGAGGGCCGGAGAGCGGGUAUGGGUUGUUUGGGUCCAGGAGGUCAAGUGUCAGGCUUUGUACACAAGCAGCGUAUAUCAAGGGUAG